CCAUAAAUGAACAAGCAGGUAGGAAUUAACAUAUGUCACGGCCAUUAUCAUUUCUACUUGUAACCAAUAGCCAAAACAAUAAAGAUAUGUUUUCUCUCUCGUUUUAUCGGAGUUUCAGAGGAGAAAUGUUAGUGAAGUGGCUCUCACAAGAAAAAUUGCCCAGCGAAAUUGAAUAUUGUUGUCUUUUUGCACUUUGGCACCAUUUCUUCUUUGCAACUUCAUGGCCGGCUCCCAGUUCCCGCCAGAAAAUUAUUCAGAAUAUCCAUUCAGAAUAUCCCAAAUAUACUGUAAAUAUUCCCCUCUACUCUUCCUCAAUACCCCAGUAAAUAUUUUGAGACACAAUUUUGUUGUCCCCAAAUUUGAUUUGUCCAUCUUUCAUUCUUAUGUUUGUUUGAUUAUUUCAUGCACUCUUUAUAUAUUAAGUAUCAUUUACAAAGAAAAGAAUAAGAGUGCAAUUGUUGUGUGUGUUGGAAACUUGAAUUGCAAGAAAUGGCAGCAUCAAUGGGUAGCCAUACAGAUGGUGAGAGUCUUAUAACGGGUCGUAUUGUUAUAGCAUUAGACGCGACCAAGGAUCACUUUGAGCAGGAAAUCAAGCAAACAAUCAAUGAGAUCAGAGCACAGGGUAACAUUCUUCACGCGGGCGAUACCAUUAUUGUGCUCGGGAUUUUGCAUAAAUAUCUACAUCCUAUGGGUUAUCAAAUGGAAGCAGAGCCACUGUCCAUUUUUGGAACUCACAAACGUGAAAUUGAAAAAGAGGUAACAAAGAAGGUUGAUACAUAUGUGAACAUGCUCAUGCAAAGUGCCCAAGACUGUGAAGGUGAAGGGGUUGACAUUGAAGUCAAAAUUACUGCUGGGACUCCAGUAAGGAAGGUGGUUGUACAAGAGGUGAUAACUAUCGAUGCGGCAUGUGUUGUACUAGAUAGGUACCUCAGGCGGGAUUUGACGUAUUACCUUAAACACAUACCUUGCAAAGUUGCAUUAAUUAGUGAUAACUUGUUUGUGAAGUUUAUGAGACCUUAUUCCAUAAUUGAUGCGGACAGCAUUGAGAAUAAGUUAUACUUUUCUUUGUCCAAGCAAGUACCCUUGGCACCUCCUCCGACUGAAGAGAACACAGAGCAGUCUGUUAUUUCAAUGAACUACUCAGGUUCCGUGGAAAGCUCCGAAAUUGCAAACAAUGAAAUGGUGACAUACGAACAACAGGAGAAUAGCACUUCACUCGAAGAUUUUAGUGCCAAUCCUAUGCAAGAAAGAUCAGGUAGGUCUGCCAGAGAGGAAAUGAAGCAUUCAAUUCCUCCUGUUAUUCAGAAAGAACAAAAACCACCGACAUCAAGGAAAUCCUCUAAUACACCAUUUCUUUGUAUUGCUUGUGGAGCAAAGACAGAACUAUAUAUCAAGGAUUCAAUGAGAUUCAGUUUCUCAGAGAUACAGCUGGCAACAGAUGAUUUUUCGAAGGAUAAUUUGCUUGGAGAAGGUGGAUAUGGUCAUGUAUAUAAAGGUCGGUUAAAAGAUGGUCAGGUCAUUGCUGCAAAGGUGCGGAAGGAAGCAAGUACACAAGGGUUUUCCGAGUUUCAUUCUGAAGUUUAUGUUUUGAGCUUUGCACGUCACAGAAACAUUGUGAUGCUUUUGGGUUAUUGCUGCAAGGAAAAUGUUAACAUCUUGGUCUAUGAAUACAUCUGCAAUAAUUCUCUCGAGUGGCACUUAUUUGAGAAUACAGAAAAUGUCCUUGACUGGCACCGCAGAUAUGCUAUUGCCAUUGGCACUGCAAAGGGCUUGCGUUUUCUGCAUGAAGAAUGUCGUGGAGGUCCAAUUAUUCAUCGUGACCUGAGGCCGAGCAAUAUACUACUCACUCAUGACUUUGUUCCCAUGAUAGGUGACUUUGGCCUGGCUAAGUGGAAGACAGACGAGGAUAAGAUUUACACGAGGAUACUUGGCUCAUUGGGAUAUCUUGCUCCUGAAUAUGCUGAAAACGGCAUUGUGUCUGUAAGAACAGAUGUCUAUUCAUUUGGCAUUGUGCUUAUACAACUAAUUUCAGGACGCAAGCCGUAGAUUCAAUGAGAGAGGGCCAUCACUCCCUUAGACAAUGGGCAAUUCCACUCAUUAAAAGGCUUGCAUUGCAUGAGCUCAUUGAUCCUCGCAUUGGUGACUCUUACGACACAUAUGAAGUGUACCACAUGGCUAGAACAGCAUUCAUGUGUGUGCAGAAUGACCCUGAACUGCGCCCAUCAAUGGGAGAGGUUUUGCGUCUUCUUCAAGGGGAGUUGGAGCAUCUCCACCAGAUCGUGGAGCAGUUCAUUCCACAUUUUAUUAGUAAAUAGAAAUGUGAUCAAUCAUGUUAUGUUUAAUUUGUUGCUGCAACUUUCUUGGAAUGUUUUACAUUUCUGUGCCCGGGGUAGGAAAAAGAGGUUUCCCGAUCCUAACAAAUUCACAAUUGAAGGACAGAGUCCCUUCCUCUAUGUAAUCAUCUAAACAUUUGAGAAUCAUUCUGAUGAAUUUGGCUGCUCAACUGUGUAGCUUACUCGAUUCAGAAUGUAACCAGUUCCUGUUGAAUUUU